AUGGUAAGUGAGGGCUUUGCUGUGGAUGUUCCGGUAACAAAUUUGGAUGUCGAUGAUGACGAUGAUGAAUUCAGGAUUGACGAUGACAUUGCAUCCACUUCGGUGGAUCUGGAGAAUUUGGGCAUAUUCAGCAGUGAUCAACGUUCCGUACUCUCUAAGAUAGGGCAAGGGUUUCGCAAGAUGUUCAGUCGAGGACAAAAUGGCGCUGGUUUCAAAUACAUGGACAACAUUGAACUUUUUGACCAUGGCAGAUCGAGAUCAUCUUCGAGCUUUGCUGAUUUAGGCGAUCUCACAACCGAUUCUCGUAUUAAAAAGAGAAGGUUGUUGUGGAAGCAUCUUUUCGGCUUUAUGAUUGCAGCUUUUUUAGCCACUCUUAUUGGUUUGGCCACGUUGGCUUCGAAAUCGAAAUUCUCUCAGCCUUCAGAUUCCAAGGUGCUCAAGAAACCUCUUCUUAGUAACGGCACUACACAAUUCUAUCCAACUACAUUGGUGAUAUCCCUCGAUGGAUUUCAUCCUCAUUACAUUUCGGGAGAGGUUACUCCAUUUUUGCAUCAACUUCUCACUGAAGAGACAAGUUAUAGCGCCCCUUAUAUGACUCCAACAAAUCCUUCUGUCACGUUUACGAAUCAUUACACUUUAGUGACCGGAUUGAAGCCGAUCUAUCAUGGUAUAAUAUCAAACAACUUCUACGAUUCUGCGCAGAAUGAAGAGUUUAUUGACACCGAUGAUUCCAUUGCUUUGAAUCCUAAAUGGUGGGGAGGAGAACCUGUCUGGUCAACGGCUGCUAGACAUGGAGUUUCUUCGGCAGUUCAUAUGUGGCCAGGCUCAGAGGUGAAACGUUAUGAUGAUUUGAACCCAAUGUAUGUCGAUAAAUUCAACAAGACGGAACUUCUCAGUAGAAAACUUGAAAGAAUUUGUACGUGGCUAGACUUACCUAUUGGUAAGAGACCGGAACUCUUGAUGUCUUAUGUUCCAAAUGUCGAUACAGCGGGUCACAAGUAUGGCAUAUCCGGAGAAGCACUAAAGCAAGAGCUCAAAUAUGUCGACGAGUAUUUGAAAGGAAUAUAUGUGAAUCUCAGUGAAAGGAAUCUUUUGGAUGUUGUUAAUGUGAUUAUUCUCUCUGACCAUGGUAUGGCUCCGACUUCUAACGGAAGAAUUAUAUAUCUUGACGAUAUUGUUGGUAAGGAGAACUUAGCGAAAGUGGAAUAUACCGAUGGCUGGCCAAUGUACGGCAUACGUCUAUACAACGAUUCUGAUGUGGAAAGGGUUUUCAAGGAUAUGAAAAGAAACUAUUUAAUCGACAUUCACAAGAACCAUUACAGCAUUCAUUUGCGCGAAGAGAUUACAGACGAGAUGUUUGGAGGUUCGGAUGGCAAAUAUGCCUCUAGAAUAGCUCCGAUAUGGAUUCUUCCAAAGGUAGGAUACUCAAUAAUCACACGAGCUGAGAUGAAUCAGAAAGGCGGCAAAUACACUCCAUUGGGGGUGCAUGGUUAUAGCAGAACAGAAGUGCUUAUGAGGGCGUUAUUUAUGGGUACAGGGCCAUUCUUCCAGACUCGGUUGGGGAAGAAGAAUAUCAAAUUAAAGCCGUUUUCCAAUACGGAAGUUUACAAUAUUAUCUGUGAUUCCCUGAACAUCGAACCUGCUUCGAAUAACGGUACUUACACAUCACCCUCAUAUAUUCAGCUUGAUAAUAUUUUAGAAGAAGGAUGGAAGGACCCACAUCAAUAUCCGGAUGUACCAUUUCCUGUCGAGAUUUUGGAUGUGAAGUCUACGUACGACCUGUUGUACUCAGGCGAUGUUGAUACAGACGGGAAAUGGAAGGGAACAGAAGAAACUGAGGAGUCCGAGGAUGAAAACGAUUCAGAGGAGUCAGAGACAGAUAUGGAAGAUGUAAACCCCCCAGAAACAGAACCUGUUAAGGACGGAUCUGACGAAUCUCAAGGAUCUGAUGAUGAUCGCCAUGGAUCUGAUGAUGAUCACCAUGGAUCGGAAAGCACUGUCUGGAGCAAGCUCGGAGACAUAGUGGACGAUUUAGUGGACGGAAUAGGAAAUAUGAUAGGGGAUGUUGAGGAGGCUAUAGAACCACGGUAA